UUACCGGUUUAUAUACGCAGGAGGCUUUAUCUCCUGUAAUAUUAAAACACACGUUUGAAUAAUUCAUUUUAAUCAUUUUAAAUGGUUUCAUUAUUACUCAUAAAAUAUACUUCAUAAAUUCAGUGUUAACGCGGAUCGAUCGAUUACCAUUAUCAACGAGGCAACAAAGACGAACAAUGCGACUGCGUCGUUGAAAACUUUUCUAUCUGCAAUAUCUCAUCAUCGCGAAAUUCUAAUUCUUCUAACUUUUAUACUUUUGUAUUUAUUACAGAUUUAGAAAGCAGAAGUUUAAUAUUAUUCAUUUGAAUCGAUAAGCAUCAAUUUUUACAUAAGAUAAUAAAAUGGUUGAUGAUUGGGAUAAUAAUACUAGCUAUCAAGAACCUGUAAACAUGACGACGUACGAGUCUGAUGGUGGUCGAAGUUAUGGAAGAGGACGUGGUUUUAUAAUGCCUAAUGGCAAUAAUUCAUUCAAUGAUAAUUAUGGAUACGAUAACAAGACUUCCAAUUUUGAUAAUGUAAGAAAUGGUAAUGGUCGAAAUGGUAAUGGUCGAAAUGGUGGUGGUGUUGGUGGUAGAUAUAGAAAAGGUUCUAAUGGAGGAUACAGAAAUGAUGAUAAUAAAGAAGACAGCUGUUAUGGAAAUAGUAACGAAGAGGAUUCUUUCGAUAAUGAUGAAAAUGACACCAAUGAUAAUAGAUAUAACAAAGAGAGAAGAGGAGGUGGUAGAAAUAACAGAAAUAUGGAUAAUGAUAGAGGAGAUGACAGAGAUAGUAAUCGUAACAGAGGAAAUGGUGGUGGUGGUGGCGGUGGUGGUGGUGGUGGUGGUGGUGGUAGAGGUAGAAAUAGAAAUGUUUCUAAUAAUGAAGAUGGGGAUGGCCAAGAAAAACCAAGGGUAGAAUUUUACAUACCGCCUGAUAUAGAUACAGAUGAGAAAUCUUUAUUUGGAAAUGGUGUUCAACAAGGGAUUAACUUUGAAAAGUAUGAUGACAUUGAGGUAUGCGUAAGUGGAGAAAAUGUACCGCCACAUAUAGAAUCUUUUGACCAAGCUGGACUACGACCAUAUGUUUUAAGUAAUAUUAAAAAAUCGAAGUACGUUAAACCAACACCUGUGCAGAAAUAUGCAUUGCCUAUUAUAAUGAACGGUCGAGAUUUGAUGGCCUGUGCACAAACAGGUUCAGGAAAAACUGCAGCCUUUGUAGUUCCAAUUGUAAAUACUCUUUUGGAAUCACCCAGAGAAAGUUUAGGUUCAAGUUGUUGUGCACCACAAGUUAUUAUAAUAUCACCGACGCGAGAAUUAACCAUACAAAUUUAUGAACAAGUUUUGAAAUUCUCAGCCGGUACAAUUUUAAGAAGCGUCAUUGCAUAUGGUGGUACUUCGGUUAUGCAUCAAGGAAACAGAAUAAAUGCUGGUUGUGAUAUCAUAGUUGCUACACCAGGAAGAUUACUAGAUUUUAUCCAAAGAAAACGUAUUACACUGUCAUCUGUACGUUUUCUUGUUUUGGAUGAAGCUGACCGUAUGCUGGAUAUGGGUUUCUUACCUGAUAUUGAAAAAAUAGUUGAUAACGAAACUAUGGUUGUUGCGGGACAAAGGCAAACGCUUAUGUUUUCAGCCACAUUUCCAGACGAGGUGCAACUAUUGGCUUCACGAUUUUUAAAUGAUUAUCUAUUCUUAGCAGUAGGUAUAAUAGGUGGCGCGUGUUCUGAUGUAGAACAAAAUUUCUAUGAAGUUACGAAAUAUAAAAAAAGAGGAAUGUUGAAGGAACUUAUGGAUAAAGAGAUUUCAAAUGGUAGACAAAAGGGUACUUUGGUUUUCGUUGAAAUGAAACGAACAGCUGAUUUUAUCGCAGCUUUCUUAUCAGAAAACAAUUUUCCUACAACGAGUAUUCACGGGGAUAGAUUGCAACGUGAAAGGGAAGAGGCCUUGCGAGAUUUUCGCAAUGGCCGAAUGUCUGUAUUAGUUGCUACAGCAGUUGCGGCACGUGGUUUAGAUAUACGAAAUGUUUCUCACGUUAUAAAUUAUGAUAUGCCAAAGGGAAUCGAUGAAUACGUUCAUAGAAUUGGUCGCACUGGUCGUGUGGGUAAUCGUGGAAAGGCAACAUCAUUCUUUGAUCCAGAAAUUGACUCUCCAUUGAUCCCUGAUCUGAUCAAAAUUUUGAAGCAAGCAGAUCAACCGAUACCCGAUUGGUUGUUGAGUGCAAAUGACAAUAGAUCUUUUGCACCUGGUAUGUCCAGAUUUGGUGGAGAAGAUAUUCGUAAUUUUGCAGACGAGGAUGGCGGAGUGCCAUACAAUGAGUCAGCUUAUAAUCCUGUAGAGCCAGAGGAAACAUGGUAAAAAAGACUGUUAUACUUUAAGGAAGGCCAAACUAAUUUGACCAAAGCAAUUUGUAUAAGGGUAGGUUCUUUGAGAAAAAAAAAAAAAGAACAAAAAAACUUAGCUUUAUGGAUUGCGCAUUAACUAUUAUUUAAGAAAAUUUUCUAAAAUUAUGAAUUUUAUUUUCGUAAAAUCACAUGACUUUUUGUUUUAAUUUUUUUUACGUUAUAUCAUUAAUAUUAAUAAAUAUUAUUUCAAUGGUAAUUGAACGACUGUCACUUAAGUUCCUUUAAGUAACAUAAUGAGUAUUAUUAGAUAGACUCUUUAACAAUGAAGAGAUUUAAGAAUUUGAGAUAAGCAAGUCCGUGAUAUAUCAUUUAUUUUCUUAUUUUGUCAAUUAUUUUAAAUAAUGAUCGAUAAAAGAAAGCGAGAUACAUGCAUUCCAAAAAAAACAAAAAAAUAUCUUGUCAAAUGGGAUAUACUACUAUUACCAUUGUAAUUAUCGUACAAAUGUUAGAUUUAAGAUACGAUGGUUAUUUAG